GACAUUCUUACCAACAAAGAAUCAAUAGAUUUUAUUUGCGACGAAAUUUUAAAAAAAAAAUCGUAUCGUCACGUGACUUAUGUUUAUGUUGAAACUGCAAAGGAAGUGUUAUCGAGCCCUUGCCACCAUCAUCUAAAACGUAAACAAAGCUGUUGAGAAACUUUCAAACAUGUUUAGCUCAGUUACGAGCUGGUUAGGGGUUGGGUCAAGACCGAAAGAAGAAGAAGAAAAUAAAGAGAAUGAAGGGCAUGUCCAUUCUGAAAGCAAAGACAGUAUUAGCUCAACGUCAGUCGAGACAAGUGUCAGCUCUAAAGAAGGACUGACAGAAACUGAAUCAGAGGGGGAGGGCAAGGCAUCAACUACGUCUGAAUCUUCGCAAGAUGUAUCUCCACUAGAUACUCUUGAAGACGUGUCCGCAAAGGCUCUCAGCACUGCCAAGGAAUUUGGAAAUAUACUUUUUAGUUUUGGAAAAGCAGCGAGUAAAACAGUUGCUGACACUGCUACCAAAAUCAAGCACACUGUGGAAGAAAAGACUAUUUUAGGGGACUUUUCCAAAGAGCAGGACAAGUUCGUUGAAGCCAAGAAAGAGAAAGUGAAACAGGAAGAGGCCGCCGUCUCUCCUUGGGUUGGCUAUAAUGAUGAAGAGAAUCUCAAGACUCAAAUACUGGCACUGUCACAGGACAAACGCAACUUUGUGCGAAAUCCUCCAUCGGGUGUCCAGUUCCAGUUUGACUUCAACAGCUGUUACCCUGUUGCCCUGGCAACCCUACAGGAGGACAAGAACUUACAGAAAAUGCGAUUUGACCUGGUUCCAAAAGUUGUGAAUGAAGAGACAUUUUGGAGGAAUUAUUUUUAUCGCGUUUCUCUAAUUAGACAGUCAAGUCAACUUGCUUCGUCUCUGGCGCAGAAAUCUGGCAAAAGCUCAAGUAGUAGUUCUCGAAGGUCUUCCACAGGCAGUGAGCAGAAAG